UUCGCCGCCCCCCAGCCCAACAGCGUAGACGCCGUCAAUUUUUCCCCCAAAUACAACCAAACACCGAAAAGCUCCAAUAAAUCCCUCUCUCUCGAUCUCUCUCGAUUUAUCGAUCCGUCUCAAGUUGCAAGCAGAAACUCGAAGAAAUUGGGGGCUAGGGCUACAAUCUUGGAAUCUUGGGACUCUGAAACGCUAGAAGAAAAGGCGACCUUUCUCUUUGAAAGGCUCGCCGCCGGCCAUGUCGGCAUUCUCCAGAUUCGCUUUCUGUGCGAUCAUCUACGGCCUCGUCUUCGCCCUAUGCUUCUGUACGGCCGUCAGAUCGGAGCAUGAUGGGUCUUCCGCCAUCCGAUUACCAAGCGAGGGUGACAACGCCGGCGGGGGCGAUGAUCUCUGCUCUGGUACGGUGACUCGCGCCGCUUGCCCCGUCAAAUGCUUCAGGACCGACCCCGUUUGUGGGGUGGACGGGGUGACCUACUGGUGCGGCUGCGCCGACGCCCUGUGCGCCGGCACGCGUGUUGCCAAGAGAGGUUUCUGUGACGUCGGUAAUGGAGGAAGCGCUUCGCUCUCCGGUCAGGCAUUCCUCUUGGUCCAUAUUGUCUGGCUCAUAUUGCUUGGCUUCUCUGUCUUGUUCGGCCUUCUCUGAGUAGAGUUGCAUAUGUUCUCUCUCGGCUUCCCCCGAUUUCAUUUCUAUUCAUUUCAUCACCGUACGAGAUCAGAUCUGCUAAUUUGGUCCUUUCUUUUCCUGUCUGUUUCUUACUUUUGCAUAUGAAUGUUUGUUUGUAUAUGAUUACUAUAAUUGAGAAUGUGAAUCACGGCCAUUUGUUCUCUCA